CUUCAACAUACGUUAACGAUCAUGGCUGCGGAGAUCCGUGCUUCGCCCGAGUCGUUGACAUGGCAGGAUCGAGAGAUCCGCUUCGACAUUUCAGCGGCUGCUAUGCAUCUUCGUAAGGGGGAAACGCUAGUGGAUGCCAUCAACUCGGUCGAGGACACGAAGGGCAAUAACGGAGACCGUGGGUCUCUGGAGAUCACGAAUUUGAGGCUGCUGUGGGCCUCACACAAGUCUGUGCGGACGAAUCUGAGCAUCGGUUAUAGCUGCAUCCAGAGCCUCAAGAUCCGCACGGCCACGUCAAAGUUACGGGGUAGCACGCAGGCGCUGUACGUAAUGACAAAGUACGCUAACAGUCGCUUCGAGUUCAUCUUCACGAGUCUCGUUAAGGCCAGCCCCAGACUCUUCACCACGAUCCAAGCUGUAUUUCGGUCUUACGAGACCACCAAGCUCUAUCGAGAGCUGAAACUUCGAGGAGCGAUCAUCAAGGAGAAGGAGUUGACGUUGCUCCCUCAUGAACAGGUAUACACGCGUCUGAACGGCGUCUGGAACUUGUCGUCCGACCAAGGGAACUUGGGUACAUUUUUCGUAACCAACGUUCGUAUCGUGUGGCACGCAAAUCUGGCUGAAAACUUCAACGUAAGCAUUCCAUACAUGCAGAUCAACUCGGCUCGUAUUCGAGGCUCUAAGUUCGGGCCAGCGUUGGUCAUUGAGACGUCGGCAGUUAGUGGUGGCUACAUUUUGGGCUUCCGAGUGGAUCCGGAAGAACGUCUUCAUGAACUUUUCAAGGAAAUGCAGAGCUUGCACAGCGUUUUCUCGACGAAUCCGAUCUAUGGUGUCGAGUUUGAAGUCGAGGAGAAACCAGCUCCUUUGGAACAGCUGCGACAGCCUCGUAAGAUGGACGACGUUGAGAUCGAAGAGGACUAUGCUAGCUCCAUGGACGCCUUCGCAGCCUACUACGCUGCAGUCAACAAGAACCAUGAUCGACCGCCUACUUUCUCCAAAGAACUCGGACUGGCGAUCGAGAGCUUACCAGACGGCUUUAGCGUGGGAGAUCUGUGGUACGUCAACUAAUAGCUACAUUGAGGGGAAGCUAGCGACGACUAAAAGCCAGGAAAAUGGAUACACUUGAUAAGUUUUACUUAGUAAAAAUCUGAAAGUUGUUGAUAAUCUGAGUAACUCAC